ACCAACUCUCCUCCUCGUCCCAGCUACCUCUCUGCCACCGAUUGUCGCUUCUCUCCCCCUUCAGGACCUGCAAUACUGGCUAAGCGCAAAAGUUGCCCCGGCAAAAUCCUCCUUAUAUAAACGAUAUCAGUAUAAAGAGCCGCCCUGAGUGGCACCCGUUGCUGGUGCCGCUCUUGGGGGACUUAUAUUCAGCGUUGCCUGACUAGCCCGCCUAUUGCUAGCUUCACUAAAUUCGUGAUAUCACGCCCCGAUCAUAUCAUACCAACCCCGGAGGAUCCUUGUUUUCACCAUCAAUUGGUUCCCGUGGAGGCACUGUUGCAACCGCAGCCAUGUUCGUCCUUCCCCCUCCCCCACCUCGCUACACCGUCCCUGUCGCCUAUGCAGCUGGUGCAUCAAACGGCAUGGCGGUGCCUGUGGUAGAAACAAACAACAUCAUCAGCCAUCCCGAAGGCGGUUGUUCUUUGCAGGUUGGAGAAGGCACCUAUCACCUCAAAGAUAACCUCCACCUCGCAACGCCGCCGCCCCAUCCCUCGGAAGCGCCUGUUGUGAACCCGAACCCGCUCGCGACUGGCGUGACCCCGCCAACCUCGGGCGUGAAACUCUCUUUAGUCCAAGUCAGCAACCAAAGCAAGGCCCCUACAUACUCUUCAAACGGAAAUGCCACAGCACCAUUGUUUGGCGAUGGGAACCCCGCGCUGGCCGCGCCGGUGGUUAAAGAAGGCCUCAAGAGGAGGAAACCGAAGAACAACAUUGUGAAGAGCAGCUCGUCGUUCGUAUCACGGGUAAUUACCCAUGAAGCGCUGACGAAACGCCUGAACGAUCGCAACCCAGACGGCUUUUUCGCAUUCGCCAACAUCAACCGCGCAUUCCAGUGGUUGGAUCUCAGUUCGAAGCAAAAAGAAGAGCCGCUGGCGAAAAUUCUCUUCACAAAAGCGCACAUUCUGAGCCACGAUAUCAACGAAUUGACGAAGAGCUCAUCGCACAUCGAUAUCGUCAUGGGUUCAUCGGCCGGGGACAUUAUAUGGUACGAGCCGAUCUCACAGAAAUACGCGCGCAUCAACAAGAACGGGGUUGUAGCCAAUUCUGCCGUAACUCAUAUCAAGUGGAUUCCAGGGUCGGAGAAUCUCUUCAUGGCCGCCCACGCCAACGGCCAGUUGGUAGUUUAUGAUAAGGAGAAGGAGGAUGCACUUUUCACACCCGAACUCAGCAGCCCUUCGGCUGAGAUGCUGAAAUCUUCGGGCCGGCAGCCAUUGCAGGUUCUCAAGUCGGUCAACUCCAGGAAUCAGAAGACGAAUCCGGUCUCCUUAUGGAAAGUCGCCAAUCAGAAGAUCUCCCACUUUGCGUUCUCUCCGGACCGUAGACACCUGGCCAUUGUUCUGGAGGACGGGUCUUUGCGGGUGAUGGACUACUUGAGAGAAGAGGUUCUUGACAUAUUUCGCAGUUAUUAUGGUGGUCUAAUAUGUGUUUGCUGGUCGCCGGACGGCAAAUACAUCGUGACCGGCGGCCAAGAUGAUCUGGUUACGAUCUGGUCCCUACCAGAACGAAAGAUCGUAGCCCGAUGCCAAGGCCACAACUCAUGGGUUUCUGCGGUAGCAUUCGAUCCCUGGCGCUGCGACGAGAGAAACUAUCGAUUCGGCAGUGUUGGUGAUGAUUGCCGGUUGUUACUAUGGGACUUCAGCGUGGGCAUGCUCCACCGCCCCCGAGUGCACCAAGCGAACGCGCGCCAGCGGACAAGCAUGGUCGUGACCAACACGCAACUCAACAACCGUCAUCGCGCCGAUAGUGCCGCCGGCAACCGAGUCCGGUCCGACUCGCAACAGACCGCCGAUACCUACAGCAGCUAUGAUCCGACCGUUCGCCAUCCCGUCGAGCCCAGGGCGCGGACGGCUCUGUUGCCACCGAUCAUGUCCAAGAUCGUCGGAGAAGACCCCAUCUGCUGGCUUGGGUUCCAAGAAAACUCCAUCAUGACGUCUUCUCUUGAAGGCCAUAUUCGCACGUGGGACCGUCCCCGCGAAGGCAUCAACGAGAAUUAUUACGACCACACCUCAUCCCCGGCUUUCAGCGCCAGUGCAGCGGCGUCGGGGUCCGGUUCUGCACUGGGAGACUCCGUGAUGGGGUCUCUUUGAGCGGAGCAGCGUGGGGAAGAGAAACCAAAAGAAAAUGGAGGCCAUGCUCCCUCCCAAUCCCAUCCUUGAUCUUUGUAAAUAUCUGUAUGAUGUGUUUUCUUUCUUCAUGAGAUCUAUACCCAAAUGAAACCGC